GCAAUUCAACCUUUUAAACGUUACAACAUUUGUUUUGGUUUGCUGACAUUACCGAAACCAAAGAACAAACUUGACAACUUGGUACGUGUUUAUUUUCGGCACCUUCAACUCAAUCCACCUUUCAUAUUGAUUUGGCAUUGAUUGAGACUCAACUCAAAUACAAACACAGAGAUCCUGUCAGAAAUCAAAUCACUUCCCUUAUUGUUCUUUGUUCCUCACAUUUUCUCUUCUCUAACUCAGUUUCAACUGCUGAUAUUGGGGUAAAAGGAUCAUGCUUGGGAACGGGGUUGUUGGGAUAUUGGCAGAAUCUGUGAAUAAAUGGGAAAGAAGGGCACCUUUGACACCAUCACACUGUGCUCGAUUACUUCAUGGUGGAACAGGUGUUUCUAGAAUCAUUGUGCAGCCUUCCACUAAGAGAAUUCACCAUGAUGCUCUCUACGAAGAAGUUGGCGCUGAAAUAUCACAAGACCUGUCACAAUGUGGUCUCAUCCUUGGCAUUAAGCAACCAAAGCUGGAAAUGAUAUUGCCAGAUAGAGCUUAUGCCUUCUUCUCCCAUACCCAUAAAGCACAGAAAGAGAACAUGCCUUUGCUCGAUAAGAUUCUAGCCGAGAGGGCAUCAUUAUUUGACUAUGAGUUAAUUGUUGGGGACAACGGGAAAAGGUUACUUGCAUUUGGAAAAUUUGCUGGUAGAGUUGGAAUGAUUGACUUCUUGCGUGGAUUAGGACAACGGUUUCUAAGUCUUGGAUACUCAACACCUUUUUUGUCACUGGGAUCGUCUUACAUGUACCCUUCCCUGGCUGCUGCUAAGGCUGCUGUGAUUUCUGUUGGUGAAGAAAUUGCUACACAGGGACUGCCAUUGGGGAUUUGUCCCCUGGUUUUUGUGUUUACUGGUUCAGGAAAUGUUUGUUCUGGUGCACAAGAGAUCUUUAGGCUCCUUCCUCAUAAAUUCGUAGACCCAUCUAGACUAAGUGACCUCCAUAGAACGGACACAAAUCAACCAAGGCACGCUUCAAAAAGAGUUUUCCAAGUUUAUGGUUGUGUGGUGACUGCCAAAGACAUGGUUGAACCCAAAGAUCCGACGAAAGUGUUUGAUAAAGCAGACUACUACGCACAUCCUGAGCAUUACAAUCCCACUUUCCAUGAAAAAGUAGCACCAUAUGCAUCUGUUAUUGUCAAUUGCAUGUAUUGGGAGAAAAGAUUCCCUCAAUUAUUGAGCUAUAAGCAGAUGCAAGACUUAACGAGUCAGGGGUGUCCCCUUGUGGGAAUAGCAGACAUAACAUGCGAUAUAGGAGGCUCCCUUGAGUUUGUUAACCAUGCUACCUCAAUUGAUUCACCCUUUUUCAGGUAUGAUCCGAUAACAAAUUCCUACCAUGAUGAUAUGGAUGGCGAUGGCGUGAUAUGUUUAGCCGUUGACAUUCUUCCAACAGAAUUUGCAAAGGAGGCUUCUCAACAUUUUGGAAACAUACUUUCCCAAUUUGUCGUAAAUUUGGCUCUGGCUACAGACAUUACAAAGUUGCCUGCUCACUUAAAGAGAGCUUGCAUAGCCCAUAGAGGAGUUCUAACCUCCUUGUAUGAUUAUAUCCCACGCAUGCGGCAUUCUGAUUCAGAGGAAGCAUCAGAAAACUCAGAAAAUUCUCUAUCUAGCAAAAGAAAGUACAAUAUAUCGGUAUCUCUGAGUGGUCACUUAUUUGAUCAGUUUCUGAUAAAUGAGGCCUUAGAUAUUAUUGAAUCCGCAGGAGGCUCCUUCCACUUAGUCAACUGCCAUGUGGGUCAGAGUGUUAAAGCUGUAUCAUUCUCCGAACUUGAAGUGGGUGCAGAUGAUAGGGCUGUUCUGGAUCAGAUCAUUGAUUCCUUAACUGCUAUUGCUAAACGAACUGAAAAUGAUAGAUUUUCAAAUCAAGAUUCCAGUAAAAUUUCUCUUACGCUUGGUAAAAUAGAAGAGAAUGGCACAGUGAAGGAGUUGGGUUCCAAAAGGAAGGCUGCGGUUUUAAUUCUUGGUGCUGGUCGGGUCUGUCAACCAGCUGCUGUAAUGUUAUCCUCAUUUGGAAGGCCAUCAUCGAGUGAAUGGAAUAAAGCAUUGUUGGAAGAUGAUUUUGAAUGCCAAACUGAUGUAGAAGUCAUUGUGGGAUCUCUGUACCUGAAGGAGGCAGAGCAGAUAGUUGAGGGCAUUCCAAAUGUAACCGGAAUCCAGCUUGAUGUGAUGGAUCAUGAGCGUUUGUGCAAACACAUAUCACAGGUUGACGUUGUUAUAAGUCUGCUGCCCCCUAGUUGUCACAUUAUCGUGGCAAAUGUUUGCGUCGAGCUGAAAAAACAUCUUGUCACUGCUAGCUAUGUUGAUAGCUCCUUGUCAAUGCUAGAUGAUAAGGCUAAAGAUGCUGGUAUAACAAUUCUUGGAGAGAUGGGUUUGGACCCAGGGAUUGAUCAUAUGAUGGCAAUGAAGAUGAUAAACCAAGCUCAUGCACGAAAGGGUAAAGUAAAGUCUUUCACUUCUUAUUGCGGUGGACUUCCAUCACCUGAAGCUGCUAACAAUCCAUUAGCAUAUAAAUUCAGCUGGAAUCCUGCCGGGGCCAUCCGAGCUGGGCGCAAUCCUGCCACCUACAAAUGGGGUGGUGAAACUGUACAUGUCAAUGGACAAGAUCUCUAUGAUUCAGCAACAAGACUAAGGCUCCCAGAACUUCCUGCUUUUGCUCUGGAAUGUCUCCCAAAUCGUAAUUCUCUACUUUAUGGGGAUUUAUAUGGAAUAGCUUCUGAAGCAUCAACCGUUUUCCGUGGAACCCUACGCUAUGAAGGAUUUAGUGAGAUCAUGGGGACACUGUUUAGGAUUGGAUUAUUUAACGAUGAAGCUCAUUCGUUGCUAACGGAUGAACGGAGACCAACUUUCAGAAAAUUCUUAUUUGAACUUCUGAAAGUUGUUAGUGCAGAUCUAGAUGGACCAUUAAUAGGAGAGAAUGACAUCACGGAACGAAUAUUGAUACAAGGGCACUGCAAGGAUUCAAGAACUGCAAAGAACACAGCAAAGACAAUCAUAUUCUUGGGACUUCUUGAGCAAACAGAAAUCCCUGCUUUCUGCAAAAGUGCUUUUGAUGUUGCUCGUUUCCGCAUGGAGGAGAGGUUAUCAUACACUAGCACAGAAAAGGAUAUGGUGCUUUUGCACCAUGAAGUGGAAAUAGAAUACCCAGAUAACCAAAAUACAGAGAAGCAUAGAGCUACUUUACUUGAAUUUGGGAAGACUGUGAAUGGGAACACCACAACUGCCAUGGCUCUUACUGUUGGUAUUCCAGCUGCUGUUGGAGCUCUGCUCUUAUUGACAAACAAAAUUCAGACAAGAGGAGUUUUGAGGCCAAUCGAACCUGAAGUAUACACUCCAGCACUGGAUAUUAUAGAAGCUUAUGGCAUAAAGUUGAUUGAAGAAACAGAGUAAUUUGCAUCUCUGAAGAGGGUGCUGAUGUAAAGGUAUACAUCAGUGUCUACCAUGCAAUGUUGGAUGCGAAUAAAUCAGAGUGACAGAAAUGGAGCAGAUGGGAGCAUCUCAGCUAAAAGCACUUCUACAGAAGCUGAUACCAAGUUCAAUUGCAGCAUUCCUUUCUACCACUCAUGAAGUAUGAUUCUAGAAUAAAUAUUAGUUGGUGUCAAUCGAACUAAAUUAUUAAUAUAUUAAUUUAAUUAUGUUUUUAUUUCGAGAACUAUAUUAUUAAUAGAUUAACAAUAAAUAUCUUUUAAUCUUUUUUUUUAUCUGUCAAAGCGUCAACAAAUUGUUGACAUAAAUGACUGAUGUCAUGUGAGUAAUUAUUACGUGGAAUUUAUUCCACACAAUUAGUUUUUUUUAAAUUAUUUUUAGGCUCAGAUUUAAAACAA